UCAGAGGUAGACUCGUUGUCAGAGGUGAAAGCACAGACGCUCCAUGUUCGUCAGUCUGUGUUGUGUCGUAGCUGCCGCGUUGGUAACUCGGUAACUAUGAGAGCAAAGAAGUUGAGCUGAGCUGAGCUGGGAGGACAGUGGUCGAUUCUUGGAGAAGGGGAAAAAGAAGAGGAGCUGAGAGAACAGAAGCCGUGCGAAGAGCCCCGGGACACUCCGUGUUCAUGAAGAAAUAAAGCCGUGUAUUCGCCCUUUUGGACGUGCGGCGGCUGCGUGACAAGUGCUCCGGCCAAACAUGAACAAAAACCACCGGGUGGCGAGCAGCCGUUCACUGAGUUCUGUGGAGGUGAAGAGCAAGUUUGGUGCCGAGUUUCGUCGCUUCUCACUGGAUCGUUCGAAGCCGGGCCGAUUUGAUGAGUUUUACGGUCUCCUGCAGCACGUGCACCGCAUCCCCAAUGUGGAUCUAUUGGUGGGCUACGCCGACGUGCACGGCGACCUGCUGCCCAUAAACAAUGAUGACAACUAUCACAAGGCCAUCUCCACAGCCAGCCCUCUGCUUAGGCUGUUUCUGCAGAGGAAAGAAGAAGCUGAUUACACAUUUGGAACUGACACUCUGACCAGGAAGAAGAACACGGUACUCUCUGCUGUUCUAUUAAGGCCUGACGCCAACAGGAAAAAACCUCCCGUCAUCAUUAGCCUGCCCAAAGACUUCCGACCUGUGUCCUCCAUCAUCGACGUGGACAUUCUCCCCGAGUCGCACCGACGGGUCCGUCUGUAUAAGCAUGGCCAGGAGAAACCUCUCGGCUUCUACAUCCGUGAUGGCUCCAGUGUACGGGUCACUCCGCAGGGCCUGGAGAAGGUUCCAGGUAUUUUUAUCUCUCGCAUGGUUCCUGGUGGUCUCGCAGAGAGCACUGGUCUGCUAGCCGUUAACGAUGAGGUUCUGGAGGUGAAUGGUAUUGAGGUUGGUGGGAAGUCCUUGGACCAAGUGACGGACAUGAUGAUCGCCAACAGCCACAACCUCAUCAUCACUGUGAAGCCAGCAAACCAGCGGAACAACGUGGUGCGCAGCGGAGGAGGGGCAGCAUCUGGAAGUUCGGGUCGUUCUUCAGAUAGUGGUGCCAGCUACUACGGCUACUCACACGGCAGUGGCAUCGCAGCCUCUAUGCCCACGCACAUCAUCCAGAACUUCCCAGUUGACGAGUUGGAUAGUGAUGAGGAGGAGGAGGACUUGGUGAUCGAAGUGGGAGGGGAGGCUGAUCCAGUCAGACGCUUGUCCUCCCAAUACAGCAUGCCUCCUCCGCCCAGGUACGAGCCCCAUCUUAACCUCCGCACCACCUCUAACACCACCAUCUCCAACUCCACCUCCACCCAUUCCAUCGACACCAACGGGACCCUGGCUGUUGACGGAAGCAAUGGAUCACUGAGCUACGUCAACAACACUAACACAACUCCAUCUCUGGACAGACCCUUGGAGAGGCGGAACCUGGAGGAGGACGGUACUGUUAUAACACUGUAGACAACACUGGAAUCAAAACACACAACUGUGACUUUAUCAAUCACACAGAUACCAACACAAACAAAUACAGAAACAAAAACACCAACAGAGUCAUGGAGCAGCAGCAGUUUAAUUGACGUGAAAUUCAUCUUUUGUGCUCCAUAUUAUUGUGACUCUGUACCUGACAAGCACAAGGAUGUGCCUGUUCACUUUUAAAAUAAUGACAGCUUCAUGUUUUUUAACUUACAUGUGAUAUACCCGUGUACACUGCAGCCGUUCAUGCCAAUUCAUUUACAUGUGUGCCACGGGUGAUAUCCACCCCGUUUUAUUUAAGACACAUCAAUUAUAAGGAUGUAGCUGUUCAAGAAGCCCUACACAUGUUUUGUUAAGUAAAAAAAAACAUAGAAUUUUAAUUGGCCUUGUCCUGAAGAGCUCAGUUCUCAGUUACUAUUCCCAUAAACAGAAAUUCCCUAUAGAAGAAAAUACAGUAAAGCAGUGUCUGAAGCACAGGCCCGAACUGUUUUUGUGCCUUAUCUGUCAUUUUUGUCAUUAAUUGGCUUUGGAUUUUACACAAAAUAUUGUAUCCUACAACACCUUAAAUGAGUAAUAAUGAUUAUAGAGACUCUUCUAGAUAUAGGGGGAAAACAAUUACAAUAUUGAGUAAAGAUCUAAUUGUGUGGAUAUCGCUUCAGCAUAGUUUCUAUCCUUCUUUACCUUCCCCUUUUUAUAAACUAGAUGUAUGCAAUUUUCCCCCAUUGACAUUGACAGAGUUGCCUGUCAACAACUUGAGAUACCCAAUUAAAAUUUUAAUAAUAUAGACUAUCAUGAUCAUUUUUUUGUAAAUCUUAGAUGUUUUUGACUGGCAGAUGGACCUUAUUCAGAGUGCAACCACUAAAAACACUUCUGUUUAAAAUGCAGUUCUAACACUUAGCUACCGCUAGAGGACAGUGAUGAACCAAAUAACCUCGGUUAAGUGUAAUUGUGGUACUUGUACGCCUGACAAAAUCAAUGAAUCCUUUUUGGUGAUGUGGUGGUAAAGGUCAACAUUUAUGACUCUUUCCACACAGUCUGAUACAACAGGUGAAAAAUACAUCCUCAAUAAGAACUUUUUCUAAAAAAAAAAGAAAGAAAGAAAAGAACAACCCUUGUUAAUGAACACUGGGCUCUUUGUAUUUGUGUUUUUUUUUUGGACCAGAUGCUGUUUUCCACUGUAAAUGACUGACUGACUGAAGAUUUGAUUUUUUUUUAAAAUUCAUUCUCUCUGAUUAAACUUGUACUUUUAAAAAAGGAAUCCCUUAAAUGGCAGGCCUGUGAUUUAAGACGUAAUUUUAAUUUAUUUCUUUGUGUAUCGUCCUUAAUACAGCAAUACUUGUAUGUAAUGGGUGACGGCUUGAACAUGUAGAGUCAUAUCUGACCAACUGGGAGUUGCAUGUCUCUUGUACAGAGCACACUGUGCUUUCUCUCCAUGACAAGGGUUUCUUUUCCCUGCUGUGUCUAACAAAUGACAAAAUGUGACUUUGAUUUCUCCCUCGUUGUGUUUCUUUGUAUGUUUUCCUCUUUGUCUCUGGACCAUGACAUCUGUUGCUUAAGUUAAUCAUUUGAUUUUCAAAUCUUAUUUUUUGCUAGUCAUCUUAUAUAGACCACGACUUCCAGAACAGUUAAGGACAUUUGAGUGGUGUUUAAAUGACAUACACUGUCAAACUGGUGACUAUAUGAACGCUGAGGUCAUCAUGAGUGAAAAAAGAUGAAUUCAAAAGAUCACAUAUGGAGAGGGACCAUAACAAACUCUAAAAAACAAAGACAUUACAAGUUUAAAACUGCAGGAAAUGCAUACAUUCUCAUUAGUCAACCAGAACUUUGUAAACCAGAAGGCAACUGUCUCACAUCAGAACAAAGUUCCAGUUAAUUCAGCAGGUUCCUAAACAGUUAAAGUGCAAAUGCAUUACAUGCUGCUUUUUUUCUGCCUCUCUAGAGCUGCAGUAAUGUUGCUAUUGAUUUUUUUUUUAAACUUUUCUAUUUCAGCAGCGAUAAUUAGCAUUACUGCCCACCUAAGCCUAGUUGGUCAGGAUGUACUGUCAUCUUCAGUAAUGUCUGAUGAGCCCAUAUCCAUAUUAAGGACUGAUUAUGAGAGAGUAAGCUAGCCAUUCACAUUUACAAUCUGUCAAACCCUGCGAGUAGACCAAAGGUGGCAGUGGACCAUCAGGAGGUGACUCGACUAGUUCUUAUAUUUUUUUUUUUGCAUUCUACAUGUGCUAGAACACCCUGAUGGUUAGUUGGAAAAGUCAUCAUGAAAGUGGAACUAAAAGCUCAUGUUCGUCUGACUCCAUACACGGACUGAGAUUAACUCCUUCUAAGUUUUUUCAGCAUCUGUUAAACCUUGUGUAAAAUAUUUGUGACUGGAACCACACUACAGUUCAUGUAAAAACAAAGUACACACACCACUGUAUUUCAAACCAUGUGAUGAACAUACUAUCUUUAUUUCAGUCCUUCAGGCUUCUUUUUUUUCAUCAAGAAUGGCCUUUAGGUAUGUAUUUAUUUUGUUUGUCUCUAACUUUACAACAGGACACUGAGAUUGUAACUCAGCGGCAUUUGUUAUUUAUUCUCUAGUCAUGAGUCUGCAUAUUGUUGUCCAUACACAUUAUUUUUAUGUUUUCAUGGUACGACCGAUAUAAAUUCCUGACAGAUUGUGUUUUUACUGCUGAAGCUAAAGCAGUGGGAAGAUCUCUGAGAGACAUGAACUUGUAAAAAUAUGAUUUAUUUUUUCCAUACUGUGAAUUAUCAUUCUUAUUUUUGUGGGAGAAAAACACUUGUAUCAGCACAAAUUCAAAAGAGACUACUUCUUUUCCCCCUUUGUCUGUUCUUUUUUUUCUUUAAGUGAUUAAACAUUGUAUUUUUUUUCUUUUUCUUGCUACAGAUAAAUCAUUUGGUAUAGAUUUAUAAUAAAGAUUGUCAGUAUUUUCUUAUAUAUGGUGUAAAUUUCUAUCACAUUUAAUGGAAAUGUUUUAAAUUUCAAAUAAAAAUGUACCAUUAGAUAGAUGUACACAAAUGUCUGAUUUAAGGAGGUGGAUGAAAUAAACUAAUGUGUAGCAAUA